UUUGUCAUGGCGAAAAGGAUGCUGGUUCUUCUGCUGAUCGUCCUGAAGGAAACAGGACCAACCGCAGCCUGCGGAGACACAUGCACGUCAUCAUUCUGUAGCUGCACCCGUUUGGGCCUCAGGAGUGUUCCUCAGUUCCUGCCUACAACCAUCACUAGUCUGAACCUGUGGGAAAACGCCAUCACAACCUUAAGCCAGUCCGCCUUCUCCAGGUACAGCAGCCUGACAUGGUUAGAGCUUCAAUACAACCAGAUCUCCGUCAUCAACAGCGGAGCGUUCCACAACUUGACCAGCUUAACGGGACUGAACCUUGACAAUAACCAGUUAACCAGUCUCCGAGCUGACAUGUUUGUGGGACUUGAUAGCCUUCAGUAUCUUUAUCUGCAUCACAACAACAUCCGCAGUAUCGAGGAAAGAACAUUUGUGAACCUGACCCAACUGCGAACUCUGCAGCUGCACAAUAAUCAGUUAACCAACCUCACAGCUGACAUGUUUGUGGGACUUGAUAAUCUGGAGACCCUUUACCUGUAUAACAACAACAUCCACAGCAUUGAGGCGGGAACCUUCAGUACAAACCGGCACCUCAGCACACUCCUCCUUUCUUCCAACCACAUCGACGUUUUCCCUUCCGACUUCUUAUUAAAUCUGAACAGUUCAGAACUGUCAGAGCUUUCGUUGAGUCAUAACCGAAUGGAGACACUACCCCCUGAGGCAUAUGACAUACUGACAUCCAUGCGGUCUAGGAUAAUCAUUGGCUACAACCCCUGGCAGUGUGACUGUAGGAUGCUUCCCUUCAGGCGCAGAAUGACUGGAUUCUACACAUUUGAGUACAGCAUCACCUGUUACGGACCUACUCAUCUACAAGGAAAGAGUUUGGUACAGGAUGUAAACCCUGACGAUCUGAUCUGUGAAGAAACGAUAACAGAAAUUUUCUCCACACCAAGCACCUCGUCUCCUGUAGGUCAUAGCACAAACCACUACCCAACAAGGACUCCAAGUAUUACCAACUUUCACGUUGAAUCUUCUCUAGCCACUGAGUUUCAGUCACGGGUCACCGUGACAGAAGGCAGUAACACGUCUUCUCCAGAUUCGUUCUCCCUUCCUGUGUUCCUGAGUGGGUUGGGAGGCAUUUUAGUUGGAGCUUUUCUCACCUCGGCCGUUUACUCUGCGGUGUGGUGCAAAAUCAGGAGGCGUAAAACAGCCCCUAACCCUGAAAAAUACCCGAGGUAUCGUUAUGCGAGGAGACUGAAAACAGCCCCUUUCCCUGAACUACACCUGAGUGCUAUAGCUGCUAAUGCAAACGCUACAGCUGUGGUGUAAUCAGUGGUUAGGACUGUGGCAGUCUGAUGACGUCAACAAUCAUCCUGAACUUCCCAUGAUCCAGGAAGAACAACCUGUACUUAAAAUGUAAAAAAAAAAGAAAAUAAAAGUAUUAAACGUCCAAAAAUCCUAGAAUAAAAACCUGACUAGAGCCAAAUACUCUGUGAAUACAUAGUAUUUCACACGUUCUGUUCAAUGAGUGACAGUUCAAUUUUCAAGACAAUGUGUAUUCAGUACAGUUGUAAUUUCCCGCAAUUUGUGAAGAAAAACGGAAUUGUAUUUCCAAUGCUGUGAUGUUUUGGUGAGUCUUUAGAAUAUUGUAUAAUUUGAAGGAAAACAGAAUUGUCUCCUGUUACUGUUGUGAUGUGUGCGUGAGGCUUAUGA